AUGAGGAGCAAAUCCUCGAGCCAGCCGACAAAUAACACAAGCACUACCAAUCCAAGCGAAAAUUUCUCCUUCACGCCAGAGUCUUCGCAUCCCUCCAAUGAAGCAGAUCAGGCUUCCACAUGUAGUCCCAGAGCUAGGUCUCCUUCGCCAUGUCCAUUUAGCCCACUCCCGCCAUCAGAGCAAACGGAACCUUUCCCCACUUACAAAGAAGAUGAGAAAGAAACGGUACCCUAUAGGCUCGACCACUGCACCCAACACUGCAGGCGCCCCAUCUGCCGCAGCGUGACCCGUGGCAAGGAGAGGAGAAACGUAGAUCAGGGAGCCUGUCUAUGCUCCCUCGAACCACCCCCUGCAACAGACUCGAUAAGUCAGGUACAGAUACAGCAGUUUUCAGAAGAAGACAUUGCCGUCGUGCAAGCCACUUACAACCGUACCAACAAACAAGACUUCAUCACUGUCAAUCUGGCAACUGCAAUCACCCUCGUGGAUUUGCUGCGUCAAACAUACUACUUGAAUCUAUGCUCCCGCCUCCAAUGGGAUCCAGACUUCACAUCGAAUGUACUCCUUCAUAGCGACCAGUACUAUGCCGCUACCCAAUCCACCAAUGAACUCGUCGACAAGCUAUUUGUCCAUCUCAUGCUGCUGUUGGCUCCGAUGCCGAACCAGACGCGGUAUAUCGAGGUCCAAGAAUUGGAGCAGACGAUGCAAUCAGUGAUGCGGCUCGAGUUCUUUUGGUGGCAGUCACAGUGGUGUUUUAAACAGCAGGGGAGGAUACCAAGGGAGGAUGACUUGCAUGUCAGGAUGAUGAAAGACGGGUUUGUUCGUGCGAGACGGCGCUAUAUCAGCGGGAAACAGAGUAUGGGGGUGCAGGUGAUGAUGGAGAAGUUGGAAGAUAUCGUGGAGAUGGCGGUUAGUGUGUUGGUGUGGUGGAGUGAAUACACAAGCCAAUUGGCGGUAGAGAUCGAGGAAGCUGAGUCGAUAGGGCUGGAUUCGAGCGUUGCGUCUUUUGUUUCGGCGCAGAGUUAUAUUGCAAGCGACGAAAGCGAUGCUGAUGGGAGAGAUAGGGAGAAGGUUUGA